AUGGAAGAUUCAAAUUUCUCUAAGAAAAUUUUGCAUGGAGUCUCUCUAACUAGAGAUGUUUCCAGUUAUGCAGAAUUUGGAAAGAAAAAUCUCCAAGAUAUUAACAGGAAUAAUUUCUGUAAAGACUCUUUUAAACGAAAAGAAAAUAUAACAGAAAAGAAUUCAAAUGUCUACAAUGUAAAUGAAUAUUUUGCAUCAACACCCAAUCGAGAGAUUUAUCAAUCUUCGAAGUAUUCGUGGAAAAGAGAUUAUGGACUUUCAUCAGACGACAGCGAAGAAAAUCUGAUAAAAGAUGAAAUAUAUAAGACAGAUACGAAAUAUAAUAAAAAAUUUACAAGAUACCAGAAUGGUUCAACGAGAGAAGAAAGAGAAUUAUCGACGACAGAUUUAAAUAUUCUCAUCAACGACACAGAAAGGAAAAUGCCUGAAUUUAAAAACGUUUCUCAUCUUCAAAAGGAUUCCAAGAGGCUGGAGGAUGAAGAAAUUUCGGAAGUUAAAAAGAAAAGCGAUCAAUUACACGAAAAAAUUAAAUCAUUGAAUGCAAAACACAUGAAAACCAUCGAUCAAAUAGAGAAUUUAGAAAAGAUUGCUAACAAUGAAUAUGAACAAUGCUAUAAUACGUCCCAGAAUGACUUGUUGAAGAUGAUAGAUGAGUUGAGAAAAGAGAAUGAGAACUUGAAAACGUGUUUGGAUAAUUUCAUUACAGAUGCAAUCCGAGCCAACAAUGCUUUGAUAAGUAAAAUAAAAGCCUCACAAAAAUCUUCCAAUAAGCUGAAUCGUUUAGUACAAGAAACGAGAAGAAAACUUUAUUGUAAAUGCGAAGAAAUUAAUAAAAUUAACGAAGAAAUUUCAAGUCAUAGAGAUAAAAGCGAUCGAAUUAAGAGAAAAUUAGACGACAUAAACGAAUACGUCGAACAGUUAAAAAGGAAUAUCGAUAAUAUAGAUAAACAGAACGAAACAGAUGAAAUUCUUAGAGAAAUGAAUCAAUUCAUUCGAAAUGUCGACAUCAACGAAGAAACUUUAUCGGAGGAACUUAUAGAAACGAAUGUAAAGGAGAAACUAGGUCAGAUUUUUAAAACUCUUAAAGAAGAAAAGCAGAAUAUAAAGGCAACAACUAGAUAUAUACAAAAAUUGCAGAAUAAUAUACAGAACGAAGACAAAAGGUUAAAGAAACGAAAUGUUAAAAAGUUUGGAAGAGAAAAUAAAAUUUAUUGGAAGAAAAAACUCGACAGAUUAAACCAGAAUAUGGAAGAUUUCGAAGAAGUUACAGACAAAUCUAUAAUUGAUGAAGAGGAAAGGAGAAAAUAUUUGAAAACCGUGGAUUAUCACGUAAUAGACAAAGAAAAAGGGAGUAUUAAAUUUCCGAAACGAUUCAUUUCCAGCCAUCCAACAACUGCAAGUGUAUCGACAAUGACUGAAGUGUAUACUUUAGAUGACAUCACAACGAUCGAAGGAGAAGAUUCGAAUAAGGAAGAACAAACGAGACACAUAGAUAAUUCGAAACAGAUUUAA